AUGCAUAGAGUUCAUGAACUGACGUGUCCUUUCUAAUGGCCAAGUAAAGUCCUCACUCCUCAGUACUCAGCCCACCAUUUAUUUCCCCUUUCUUUCAACAUUAGAUUUCACCACUUCUUCAUUCUGCGAAACAAUUAAUCUCCAUUAUUUAUAUUUUACAUAUAUAGCUUCGAAAUUGCGCGAAUUGGAAGAACCCUUCUGCGGUUUUUCCAUUAAAAAAUGGCUAUGCAAGUGAGUGGUGCAUCAUGUUUCUGUGUGUUAGGACGAAGGAGAUCAGUUGGUACAGUAAGAGCGGUUGCUUCUGAGGAUUUUACUACUUUGAAAACAACAGAGGAGAAAGUUAAAUUAGGUGGGUCUGACUUGAAGGUAACAAGGCUUGGAAUUGGAGCUUGGUCUUGGGGUGACACCAGUUACUGGAAUAACUUCGAAUGGGACGAUAGGAAGAUGAAGGCUUGUAAGGCUGCUUUCGAUACCAGUGUUGAUAAUGGAAUAACAUUCUUUGAUACCGCUGAAGUUUAUGGCUCUAGGGCUUCAUUUGGUGCCAUAAGUUCUGAAGUAUUAUUAGGAAGGUUUAUAAAGGAAAGGAAAGCAAAGGAUCCAGAAGUGGAGGUGGAUGUUGCAACCAAGUUUGCAGCUUUACCGUGGAGGCUGGGCCGUCAGAGUGUCCUUACAGCCCUUAAGGAUUCCCUCGGUCGGCUUGGACUUUCUUCAGUUGAACUUUAUCAGCUCCAUUGGCCUGGAAUAUGGGGAAAUGAAGGGUACAUUGAUGGUCUUGGAGAUGCUGUUGAACAGGGCCUAGUGAAGGCUGUUGGCGUUUCAAACUACAGUGAGAAGCGACUUCGUGAAGCUUAUGAGAAGCUUAAGAUAAGAGGAAUUCCACUUGCUUCAAACCAAGUGAAUUAUAGUCUCAUAUACAGAGCACCGGAAGAAAAUGGUGUGAAGGCCACCUGUAAUGAACUUGGGAUCACUUUAAUUGCAUAUUCUCCUAUUGCUCAAGGUGCUCUUACAGGAAAGUAUACCCCAGAAAAUCCACCAACUGGUCCUCGAGGCCGGAUUUACACUCCCGAGUUUCUAACAAAGCUCCAACCACUGCUGAACAGAAUUAAUGAAUUAGGAGAGGCCUAUGGCAAGACUUCCACACAGGUAGUCCUCAAUUGGUUAAUAGCACAGGAAAAUGUUGUGCCAAUCCCAGGAGCCAAAAAUGCAGAACAGGCCAAGGAAUUUUCUGGUGCAUUAGGUUGGAGACUCAGUGAUGAAGAGGUGAAUGAGCUGCGCUCUAUGGCAUCAGGGAUAAGACCAGUUGUUGGUUUCCCAGUUGAGAAGCUGUAAAUUUUUAUGACUGGCAUUAGCCGCAUGAACUUUUGAAUACAGCAAACAAGCAAUAGAAUUACACUGAUAUGAGCUCUGAAUGUCAAUUACAAUUGUAGAAGGGUCUACUCUUUUUGA